AUGGGAGUGACUGCCCAGUGCUGCUUAUCCCAGUGCUGCUUCUCCCAGUGCUGCUUAUCCCAGUGCUGCUUAUCACAGUGCUGCUUAUCACAGUGCUGCUAUCCCAGUGCUGCUUCUCCCAGUGCUGCUUAUCCCAGUGCUGCUUAUCCCAGUGCUGCUUAUCACAGUGCUGCUUAUCCCAGUGCUGCUUAUCACAGUGCUGCCUAUCCCAGUGCUGCUUAUCACAGUGCUGCUUAUCACAGUGCUGCUUAUCCCAGUGCUGCUUAUCCCAGUGCUGCUUAUCCCAGUGCUGCUUAUCCCAGUGCUGCUUAUCACAGUGCUGCUUAUCCCAGUGCUGCUUAUCACAGUGCUGCUUAUCCCAGUGCUGCUUAUCACAGUGCUGCCUAUCCCAGUGCUGCUUAUCACAGUGCUGCUUAUCACAGUGCUGCCUAUCCCAGUGCUGCUUAUCACAGUGCUGCUUAUCACAGUGCUGCUUAUCCCAGUGCUGCUUAUCACAGUGCUGCCUAUCCCAGUGCUGCUUAUCACAGUGCUGCUUAUCCCAGUGCUGCUUCUCCCAGUGCUGCUUAUCCCAGUGCUGCUUAUCCCAGUGCUGCCUAUCCCAGUGCUGCUUAUCCCAGUGCUGCUUAUCCCAGUGCUGCUUAUCACAGUGCUGCUUAUCCCAGUGCUGCUUCUCCCAGUGCUGCUUAUCCCAGUGCUGCUUAUCCCAGUGCUGCUUAUCCCAGUGCUGCCUAUCCCAGUGCUGCUUAUCCCAGUGCUGCUUAUCCCAGUGCUGCUUAUCCCAGUGCUGCUUAUCCCAGUGCUGCUUAUCACAGUGCUGCUUAUCCCAGUGCUGCUUAUCACAGUGCUGCCUAUCCCAGUGCUGCUUAUCACAGUGCUGCUUAUCACAGUGCUGCCUAUCCCAGUGCUGCUUAUCACAGUGCUGCUUAUCACAGUGCUGCUUAUCACAGUGCUGCUUAUCCCAGUGCUGCUUAUCACAGUGCUGCCUAUCCCAGUGCUGCUUAUCACAGUGCUGCUUAUCCCAGUGCUGCUUCUCCCAGUGCUGCUUAUCCCAGUGCUGCUUAUCCCAGUGCUGCCUAUCCCAGUGCUGCUUAUCCCAGUGCUGCUUAUCCCAGUGCUGCUUAUCACAGUGCUGCUUAUCCCAGUGCUGCUUCUCCCAGUGCUGCUUAUCCCAGUGCUGCUUAUCCCAGUGCUGCUUAUCCCAGUGCUGCCUAUCCCAGUGCUGCUUAUCCCAGUAGUGGUCUGAUGGGGAACUCCUCUGCCUCCUUCAUGGGUACGUUCCUGGCCAGCAGUCUGGGCUCGUCCUCCCACCCCUCUCACCCCUCCCGGCCCCCCUCCUCACCCUCUUCACCCGGAUCCUUCCGUGGUGGGCCCCACUCCAGCGCCUCUCAGAUCUGGUUCCCUCACUCACACGAAGGCUCUGACUGCCUCACCCGACCCGCCUAA